AGAAGUCUAUCAAGCGCUGUGUUUUCAUUCCCGAUUUCAGUGUUAAAAAUUCAAAGUGAUGCAAUUGGUAAUUGCAAUUUGGUGAAGAAUUCGGUUGGCUUCAUUUUUCGAGCGCAUGCUACUUAUUUUUCUCGCUGCUUUCAUUGUUUCCGAGUAUUUAUAUAUUAUUAACAAAUUAUUAUUGUGACUGAGCUGAAACGAGUCUUCUACGGUGGAGCAGUGAAAUUAUGGCAAUUUCAAAACAGUGAAAUUUAAUGUGUAAACUCACGACUUAUGUGGUGAAGGUAGUGGCAAGAAUGAAACUAUUGAAAUUAUAAAUGUAAUUCAAAGAGAAAAUUUAAGCAAUGAAAUAAAAAGUGCAGUGAAAAAAAUACGAAACCAAACAAUGCAGCUUCAGAAAAAUAAUUUGUACAAUUAUUUAUAUUAUUAUAUUGUGUUGUAAAGUCAGUAAAAUUCUAAGUGGAAUUGAAAAAGUUUACUUAUAAUUUUAUAUAGUUGCAAUAUGCAUAGAAUGCAAGUAACAAACGUUAGAAGAAAUAUCUUUAUUUUCCUUAUUCUGUAUUCAUCGCUGCAUCAUGGAAAACUGACAAAUGCAACAAAUGAUAUUGAUAAAAAACCCAUUGAAGCGGAAUCUUUAACCGACAGCGUAGUACCCAAUGCAAAUCCGACGUUAAAUGAUGGGGUACCGACUGUGACAACAGCAAUUCCGGGGAUACCUCCGCCACAAGUGAACCUUAAUAAGUGCUGUCGGUACAAUGAACACAUGGAUAUGAAUAAAACUUGUGUAAUGGGCAAUUCCAAGUUGUGGGUGCCUUUGAUAUAUCGUAUUUUUCAAAAAAGAUAUCAUAGUCCUCAAGGUGGAAAGCCAAAAUUUAUGACAUUUCAGGAAAAUGUACGUCCAAUUGUAUAUGUGGAUCAUAAUAACUCCAGGGAGGAUGUAUCGAUGGUGAAUGAUACAAAAGAAACAAAACGAAGUUGCACUGAAGAAGAAUUGGAACUUUUCUCGGCUGGUGGAAAUUGGUUAAUAUUUUCUAAUGGUUCAUUAUUUUUGGGUGAGAGGAAACAAUUUAUCGAACCCCAGCGAUAUUGUGUUGAUAGAAAUGUCGCACUAGUCUGCUUUCCUAAAGAGCAGAAUACUCAGCAACGAAUAAAGAUAAGGAAAUGCUGCGGUUGGAAUGCAAUUUACGAUGCUACAAAUGAAACUUGCAUAUUUCCCACCAGUAAUGAUGGUAUUAGUACACCUGAAUUGCCUUUAAAUAAAAGCUUGUACGAGACAAUAUACGGGUUUCCCACAUGCCAUCAUAAAGUUGUACCAUAUGCCAUUGCGGGCGAUUGGAACGAAAACCAAAUGGAUGACGAAGAUGGAAGUCUAAAAUUGCCUCAUAAAAACAUAUCUUCUGGUGAUUAUUGCCUUGAACAUUUUCGCGAAAAGGGCGUAAUUAUUGCAGUUAAAAUAUUCACAUGCCUUCAUCACUUUUCUACCGAAGCACCUGCUAAUGCUAUAGCGGCUGUUCGUAGCACUACUAGUAAUAUGGUGCAAGCAGCUGCUCUUAACAUUGGAAUUGUUAUUUCAGUAGUUUUUCUUGCUGCUACGUUGAUAGCUGGCUAUAUGAUGCCCUCAGUUCAUCAUAUGCUUCAUUGGCGUUGCCAGAUUUACUACGUUUUCUGCUUAUUUGUUGGAGAUUCAAUACUCGCCUACACACAAUUAUCCCACUCAUUGGAAAAUGGUUCAUUCACCUGCCUUUUGCUUGCUAGCACAAUGCAUUUCUUCUUUCUAUCUGCUUUCUUUUGGCUGAAUACAAUGUGUUUCAAUAUUUGGUGGACUUUUCGCGACUUUAGACCAAGUUCUCUUGAACGCAAUCAAGAACUGCUACGCUUACGACUAUAUUCGGCGUAUGCUUGGGGCGUGCCCUUAUUGAUAAGCGCAAUUGCUUUUACAGUAGAUCAUUUGCCAGAGACACAGUUAUUACAACCAGGAUUUGGAGAACGUAGUUGUUGGUUUAGCGGCGAGCAUUUAUCAAUUUUUGCAUACUUCUUCGGCCCAAUUGGACUUUUGCUGUGUGCUAACAUUGUACUUUUCAUAUCCACUACUCAUCAAUUAACAUGCGGCUUGUGGAAGCGAGACGAUGUCAAAUCGACUACUGAAAAAACCGCACUGGGGAAAGUAUGUUUAAAACUAGUCGUGGUAAUGGGCGUUACCUGGAUAGCCGACGUAAUAUCAUGGUUAGUUGGAGGACCCCAUUCUGCGUGGUUUUUCACCGACAUGAUAAACGCUCUGCAAGGAGUGUUUAUUUUUAUUGUGGUUGGUUGCCAACCACAAGUUUGGGCCGCUUGUAAGCGUUUUUGCUGUCCCCGUUCGCGACAAGAGAUUACGAACACAACGAAUGGCGUACAGCAUUCAAGUUCUUCACAAGGCCUACCAUCGGUCGGAGGAUAUGCAGGUGGUGAAAUUACACAGAAUACAUCAGUAAAUACCACGUCUAUAGGGGGUAGCCAGCAGACGCAAACAAAAGUACCGAUGGAAACAGUAUGUUAAGCCUAUCAAAGUACUUAAAAGAUUUCAUGACCAACAGACGGCUGCUUCCCUAUUCUUUCCUGCCUGCAAAAGAUUGACGAAUUGCCAUUGGUAAACUAUUCUUAUGCUAUCCCUAAUAUUUUUAUUUUCCUCACAAUACAAAUUGUUUAACGCUUUAAGACUACGAUAUUUAUAAUGCUACGCUAAUAGACUCUAUUUAUGAAACUUUACCAUAUACAGCGGAAUUUCGAUAUGUCAUACGGUUAACCAACUAAACCACACACGUACCACAUAUGUAUUUUAACCACGAGCUCAGUUUGCACAAUAAAAAUAUUUGAUUUGCCUACAUACACAUAUAUACAACA